AUGGUAUUGAAGAAAAACAAUCUCACUUCAAAAUGCUUCCACCACGACCCUUGUCACAUUUUGCAAUCACAUUGCCCCCAUAUUUCUGAUAAGAAGAAAGAAAGAUGGAAAAUUCCACCCAAGACAGACAGCCCAUGUUGUUUUUCCAGGUUGUUUCUCUUCUGUCUCCACUGUCUGUGGAUUCUUCUGCUUUCCAACAGUGUGAAGCCAGUUUUGGGUGAUGAUGAGCGUUGGGAUGGAGUGGUUGUGACAGAAUCAAAUUUCUUAGCACUUCAAGCAUUUAAGCAAGAGUUGGUCGAUCCCAAAGGCUUCUUGCGGAGCUGGAAUGACUCUGGCUAUGCAGCUUGUUCAGGAGGUUGGGUUGGUAUCAAGUGUGCUCAGGGACAAGUUAUUGUGAUUCAGCUUCCAUGGAAGGGGUUGAGUGGGCAUAUCACAGAUAGGAUUGGUCAACUUCAAGGUCUUAGAAAGCUUAGUCUUCAUGAUAACCAAAUUGGUGGUUCAAUCCCUUCAUCUUUGGGACUUCUUCCCAAUCUUAGAGGGGUUCAGUUAUUCAACAAUAGGUUAACAGGUUCCAUCCCUCCUUCCUUAGGUUACUGCCCUUUGCUUCAGUCUCUUGAUCUCAGUAACAAUUUGCUCACUGGAACAAUCCCUUAUAGCCUUGCCAAUUCCUCUAAGCUUUUUUGGCUUAACUUGAGUUUUAAUUCCUUCUCUGGUCCUAUACCAGCUAGCCUAACUCACUCAGUUUCUCUCACAUUCCUUUCUCUUCAACACAAUAAUCUCACUGGCUCCAUUCCUAACUCAUGGGGUGGUAGCCUAAAAAAUGGCUUCUCUCGGCUUCAAAGUUUGAUCCUUGAUCACAACUUUUUCACUGGAAAUAUUCCUGCUUCUUUGGGCAGCUUAAGGGAACUUAGUGAGAUUUCCCUUGGUCAUAACCAGUUUAGUGGAGCUAUACCAAAUGAAAUAGGAACCCUUUCAAGGCUUAGGUCACUAGACAUUUCUAAUAAUGCCUUGAAUGGGAGCUUGCCUGCUACACUCUCUAAUUUGUCCUCACUUACACUGCUGAAUGCAGUGAACAACCUCCUUGACAAUCAAAUCCCAGAAACUUUAGGUAGAUUAAGUAAUCUUUCUGUUCUGAUUUUGAGCAGAAACCAAUUUACUGGUCACAUUCCUUCAAGUAUUGCACAUAUUUCCACGCUCAGGCAGCUUGAUUUGUCACUGAAUAACCUCAGCGGAGAAAUUCCUGUCUCCUUUGAAAAUGUAAGUAGUCUUAAUUUCUUCAAUGUUUCUUAUAAUAACCUCUCAGGUGCUGUUCCCACUCUACUUGCCAAGAAGUUCAACUCAAGCUCAUUUGUGGGAAAUAUUCAACUAUGUGGAUAUAGCCCUUCAAUCCCAUGCCAUUCUCCAGCUCCAUCAGAAGGAGUCCUUGCUCCACCUCCUGAAGUGUCAAAACACCACCAUCAUAAGAAGCUAAGUACCAAAGACAUAAUUCUCAUAUUAGCAGGAGCUCUUCUCAUAGUCCUGAUUGCACUAUGUUGCAUUCUGCUCUUCUGCCUGAUGAAAAAAAGAGCAAGAUCAAAGGAGGAGAAUGGCCGGGCCACAGGGAGAGGUGCCACAAUGAGGAGGGAAAAAGGAGUCCCUCCUGUUGCUGAGGGUGAGGUUGAAGCAGGUGGGGAAGCUGGAGGGAAACUGGUACAUUUUGAUGGAUCAAUGGCUUUUACAGCUGAUGAUCUCUUGUGUGCAACAGCUGAGAUAAUGGGAAAAAGCACCUAUGGAACUGUGUAUAAGGCUACAUUGGAGGAUGGAAGUCAAGUUGCUGUCAAGAGAUUGAGGGAAAAGAUCACUAAAAGUCAGAGAGAAUUUGAAUCAGAAGUUAGUGUUCUAGGGAAAAUUAGACACCCAAAUCUUUUGGCUCUAAGGACUUAUUACUUGGGACCCAAAGGAGAAAAGCUUCUUGUUUUCGAUUACAUGCCUAAAGGAAGUCUUGCUUCUUUCCUACAUGCUCGUGGAACUGAAACAACCAUAGAUUGGACAACAAGGAUGAAAAUAGCACAGGACAUGGCUCGUGGGUUGUUUUACCUUCAUUCCCAAGAGAACAUUAUACAUGGGAACCUUACAUCAAGCAAUGUGUUGCUUGAUGAGAACACAAAUGCUAAAAUUGGAGAUUUUGGUCUUUCUAGGUUGAUGACACCUGCUGUUAACUCUAACGUGAUAGCUACUGCUGGUGCAUUGGGAUACCGUGCACCUGAGCUCUCAAAGCUUAAGAAAGCCAACACAAAAACUGAUAUCUACAGUUUUGGAGUUAUCUUGUUAGAACUCCUAACGAGGAAAUCACCUGGGGUGUCUAUGAAUGGAGUAGAUUUACCUCAGUGGGUUGCUUCUAUUGUCAAAGAGGAGUGGACAAAUGAGGUUUUUGAUGCUGAUUUGAUGAGAGAUGCAUCAACAGUUGGUGAUGAGUUGCUGAACACAUUGAAGUUGGCUUUGCACUGUGUUGAUCCUUCUCCAUCAGCACGGCCAGAUAUUCAACAAGUGCUUCAGCAGCUAGAAGAGAUUAGACCAGAGAGAUCAGUCACAGCCAGUUCUGGCGAUGAUUCUAACGCCAUAUAG